AUGCGUUUAAAGUUCCCUGCAGAACUUUCCGAUUGGGAUGUGGGCGCCUGCGGAGAGGAGAAACCUCACCUGCGGGUGUCAACCUCUAAUCCUCACGUCGUUUUCCUCCCUCUUACAGGCCUCUACGGGAAAGAUGGCAUCCUGCCCGCCCGGAAGAUGCUCCGCGUCACAGGCAAAGGAUUCUGGGAACAGCUGCUGGAUUCACCCACCUUGUUGUGGCUAGGGCCUCGCCUGGGACUGGACACGGAGCAGGGGAUGGAGGUGCUCUGCCUCCUGGGGGUGCUGCUCUCCUUCGGGGCCCUGAUCCUGGAGCCCUUGCGCGACAGCCUCGUCUUCUUGGUUCUCUGGGCCCUCUACCUUUCUCUCUAUCAGGUGGGACAGGUGUUCCUCUACUUCCAGUGGGACAGCCUUCUACUGGAGACGGGGUUCUUGGCCGUGUUGGUGGCACCGUUCCACCUCCUGAAGUGGCGCUCAACGGCCUGGCGGGCGCACGACGGGGUGACCUUCUGGCUGGUGCGCUGGCUGCUCUUCCGCCUCAUGUUCGCCUCGGGGGUGGUGAAGCUGACCAGCCGCUGCCCCACUUGGUGGGGGCUCACGGCCCUGACCUACCAUUAUGAGACACAGUGCAUUCCCACGCCCGCUGCCUGGUUCGCCCACCAGUUGCCUGUCUGGUUCCAGAAGUUCAGUGUGGUGGCCACCUACGUCAUAGAGAUAGCCGUCCCGGCCUUCUUCUUUGCACCGGUCCGACGCCUCCGCCUGUUUGCCUUCUACUGCCAGAUUCUCCUGCAAGUCUUGAUUGUCCUGACGGGCAACUACAACUUCUUCAACCUGUUGACCAUCGCCCUCUGCUUCUCCCUUCUGGAUGACGACCACAUUGGGUUUUGGCUGGGCCGUGGCCGGAAGAAAACGGGGCCCGCCUGGCCCCCCCGGCCGCUGACCGUCCUGACCGCGCUGGUUGAGUUGGGCGCCUACGGCUUACUGUUCUACUGGACUGGCUGCCACUUUGGGCUGAAGAUCAACUGGGAGAAGAGGCUGCUUGAAUCUAAGACAGCUUUCACGUACCAUGAAUUCAUGCAGUGGCUGAAGAUGGUGACGCUGCCUCUGGUGGGACUCGCCCUCCUUUCCCUGCUGUGGGAGAUCCUUCAAGGUGCCUACAGGUCUGCCUGCGCCCGGGGCUUUCUCUGGAAACUCUGGGGGACUCUCCAGUGGGCCGUCUUCACCACUGCGGCCUUGGGGAUGUUUACUGUCAGCCUGGUGAGUGGCUUCCAUGUCCAAUGCUACCUUCAGGCCCUGAAGCAGGGAGCGCAGAACCUCUCAGCAAGGGGGCAGGAGGAAAAGGAAGUGGGUGGGACAUGGAGGUGUGUUCGGAGCCGGGAGUGGCCAAACUCGCAUAACGAGAUCGAAUUCAUGUACAAACCAGGCAACGUCAGCGCGGCACCUCUUGUGGUGGCCCCCUCACCAGCCCCGGCUCGACUGGCAGAUGUGGUUUGCCGCGCUGGGUCACCCACACCCAGAGCCCCUGGGUUCACCAGUUUCGUCUAUCGCCUCCUGCAGGGCAAGAAAGAAGUGAUCCACCUUGUGCAGGUCGACGAGUCAAAAUACCCGUUCCACUCUCAGCCACCUGCUUACAUCCGGGCCUGGCUGUACAAAUAUUGGUUCACAGCAAGUGCAGAGGACGGUUCUCUUCCUCAGAAGUGGUGGCAGCGGCAGCGGGUGGAGGAGUUCUACCCGACCGUCUUCCUGGGGGACACGCAGUUGGAUGCCUUCCUGACCCAAUACGGGCUUAAGGACAAGUCCCCCGCGAAGCGGCCCUCGGACUCCCUUCUGCCUGCAGCCCUCCGGCUGGUGCGAGAGCACACCCGUCCGUACAGCGGCCCUGCCCUGAUCUGGUCUCUCUACCUCACGGCUGCCCUUCUUGGCCUCCUACGGGGAGCCCGCGGCUGGCUGUCGGGGGGCGGCCCCCCCAGCGGGAAGCAGAAGGCCAGCAAGCGGCCCGAAGCAGCGGCGCAUGUCGGCGGUGGAGGGGACCAAGCCGGGGGCGAAAAGAACGGGCAGCUGAGGAAGGAAGCGGCCGAGAAGGGCAAGGCCUCGACGGAGGCCCCCGCGGACGGGCCGAGGAACGUCAAGAAGAGAAAAUAGCUCCUGCUCGGCCGUCUCUUCGUGGACUCCCUGACGGACACGGUUUUGGUUUCACCUGCUCCCAGACCGGGUUUUUUUCCUGGGCCUCCUUGAGUGACGCGUUGCCAGCGUGGCGCAGGAAAGAACUUGGGGCAUUGGGGGGGGGGCAUUCUGCCCCAAGACCGUCCUUUCCUUUUGCCAGCUCCCCCUGCUGGGCAGACAGGGAAGGACCCCGACUCCUGAGCGGCCGCGAACCCGUCUUGGAAACUUCGCCGGCAGCCGGAGGCCCCGGAGGAAAAGCCGACGCUUCUUGUCUUUCCCUGUGCACCUUUCUUGGCUACGUAUUGCAGGGCUGAAGGAAGAGCGUUGGGGGGGAGGCAGCCCCUCCAUGGACACAAAGGAUUUGGCAGCUUCUCUUUCCUUCUGAGCCCCGCCCCCAAGCCCUAGGCUAUCAGUCUCCUCUUCAUCGUCACCCCCCCCACCACCACACACACACACACACCAUUGCCUUGAUCUCUGUGGCUGGGAGAAAGGGGGAGGAGGGGGUCCAUUGCCAUAUUGUGCUGCAACUGGUGGGGGAGGGCACUGACCUUUCGUGGACCGGCUUGCCUCACAGCGGCGUGCCUCGCACCCAGGACCAGAAAUUAUAGUUUUCUAAAUAAAGCCUUUACAUUCCA